AUGGGGAUUUCUUCAAUGCUUUCUCCUUUGCUGUUACCGGUCUUCUUUUUUUCUCUUUUGCAGACUCCAACUUUUGCUUUGAGAAAGGCGAAUUCUCAUUACGAAUUACUGGGUUCAUUUGUGGGAAGUACUGGAACUGCUAAGGAGAGAAUUUUCUACUCGUAUACUAAGAACAUCAAUGGUUUUGCGGCUAUCCUUGAUGAGGAAGAAGCAUCACAGAUUGCAAAGCACCCGAAUGUGGUUUCGGUUUUUUUAAACAAAGGAAGAAAGCUUCACACAACACGAUCAUGGGAUUUUCUCAGAUUGGAGAGAAAUGGAAUUGUUCCUUUGGAUUCUCUCUGGACGAAGGCAAGAUUUGGCGAAGAUACAAUCAUUGGAAACCUUGACACUGGAGUCUGGCCGGAAUCUAAGAGCUUUAGUGACGAUGGCAUGGGACCGGUCCCGGCUCGUUGGCGAGGGUCUUGUCAACGUGGCGCCGAUGUUCCUGUUCAUUGUAACAGGAAGCUGAUCGGAGCUAAGUACUUUAACAAAGGCUACUCCGCUUUUGUCAGCGAAAAACUAAAUGCAACCUUUGAGACUGUAAGGGACCACGACGGCCAUGGUUCCCACACUCUAUCGACAGCAGGCGGCAACUUUGUUGAUGGUGCUAGCGUUUUUGGUCAUGGCAAUGGUACUGCAAAGGGAGGUUCUCCUAAAGCCCGUGUUGCUGCUUAUAAAGUGUGUUGGCCACCCAUCGAUGGUAGCGAGUGUUUUGAUGCAGACAUCGUUGCUGCCUUUGAUGCUGCUAUAAGUGAUGGUGUCGACGUGCUUUCUGUAUCGUUGGGUGGCGGUCCAUCUGAGUUUUUUGAAGAUGGUACUUCUAUCGGUGCCUUCCAUGCUGUCAAGAAAGGGAUUUCUGUCGUUUUUUCUGCUGGAAACUCUGGACCGACUCCAGGAACUGCGGAGAACUUGUCGCCAUGGAUGUUUACCGUUGGUGCUAGCACACUUGACAGGGAGUUUACGAGUUAUGUUGAGCUAGGAAAUAACAUGCGUCUCAAGGGAGUUAGCCUUGCUGCUGCAACAUUGAAAUCGAAAACUCAGUAUCCGCUUAUCAGUGCCGAACAGGCCAAAGCGGCCAGCGCCUCUGCUAGUGUUGCUAUCCUAUGUCAAGCGGGAUCAUUGGAUCCCAAAAAGGUUAAAGGGAAGAUAUUAGUAUGCCUUCGCGGAGAUAACGCAAGAACCGAUAAAGGAAUGCAGGCUCUUCAUGCAGGUGCAGUCGGUAUGGUUCUAGCGAACGAUAAUAAAAGUGGAAAAGAAAUUAUAGCUGAUCCUCAUUUGCUUCCGGCUACUCACUUAAAUUACACUGAUGGUCUCACAGUUUUCGCAUACAUCAAUUCAACCAAGAACCCUACAGCAUAUAUAACACCAGUUAAGACAAUAUUGGACGCAGAGCCUGCACCAUUUAUGGCUUCUUUCUCUUCUAGGGGCCCCAACAUUAUUGAUCCAGCAAUCCUCAAGCCGGAUAUAACUGCACCAGGAGUGAGCAUCAUUGCUGCAUACUCUGAAGCAGUCGGACCAACCGAAGACGACUCCGACAAACGAAGAAUACCCUUCACCUCAGAGUCUGGAACUUCCAUGUCAUGCCCCCACGUUUCUGGUAUCAUCGGCCUUCUCAAGAGUCUCCACCCUGAUUGGAGCCCUGCUGCUUUAAAAUCUGCCAUCAUGACCACCGCAAGAACUAGAGACAACACCUUGAAUCCAAUGCUCGAUUCAGACAACAAAAAGGCAACCCCAUUCGAAUAUGGUGCAGGACAUGUGAGAGCGAACCGUGCAAUGGAUCCCGGUCUUGUCUACGACUUAAACGUCGAUGAUUACCUGAACUACUUGUGUGCUCGAGGCUACAACCAGACCAUGAUACAACUGUUCUCAGACAAGCCAUUCUCAUGCCCGAAAUCAAACAGUGUUACAGACUUGAACUACCCUUCCAUAACAGUCCCUGAAUUCAAGGGCUCAGCCGCUAUUAGAAGGAAAGUUAAGAAUGUAGGUAUGCCGGGGACAUAUUUAGCCCAUGUCAGAUCGCCCGUCGGAGUUACGGUUACGGUUAAACCAUCGAGAUUGACGUUUGAGAAGAUUGGUGAAGAGUUGAAAUUUGAAGUGACAUUUAAAACAAAGAGGAAAGUUGUAGGAUCAUCAGCAGGUGAUGAAGGGUAUGUAUUUGGGUUGUUGACAUGGUCAGAUGGGUACCACUAUGUUAGAAGUCCCUUGGUGGUGAAGCAUAAGUAGAUUUUGUUUUCAUUUUUUAAACUA